AUGCCUUUGGCUACAGAUUUACUACAUCUCUCCUUGGAAGAGGAAAAGAAAAAACCUAAAAAGAAACGGCUAGUUCAAAGUCCAAACUCUUAUUUUAUGGAUGUAAAACGUCCAGGUUGCUACAAGAUUACCACUGUUUUCAGCCAUGCUCAGACAGUAGUUCUUUGUGUAGGUUGUUCAACCGUGUUGUGCCAGCCUGCAGGAGGAAAGCCCAGACCCACAGAAGGGUGUUCAUUUAGAAGAAAGCAACACUAAUGAUCUACACAACUUUCUGAAUUUGUGUUAUCUCACAG